UAAACAUGGUGUAUGGAAGAACUGUGUGUUCACUCAGUGUUAAGUAUCCAUGGCUUAUAUGGUUAGCUGGCUGGUACAUGCAGGGUGGAUCUGCUGGCAGCCAGUACAUCAAGUCUGGAGCAGAAGAACUGUAUGUUAACAUUGGAGAAACCAACUGGUGGGAUGCUAGGGCAGCAUGUAAGGAAAACGACUGGGAGCUCAUGUCGUCUGAUGAUUUGCCUGAACAGUUGGUGACUCGGCUGGAUUCAUCAACCUCUUACUGGAUUGGAGCUGUGAAGUACUUCUCCUGGACGUGGUUAGCUGACAAAACUCCGUUCUACACAUACGCAGGAUACAGUGGUCUACCAACUGUACAGCCGUUGGGAUCUCCUGUCAGAUCUGUCUAUAGUUGUCACUACCAUUGUACCAAGCACCACACUGUGUUCGGCCUCAGUGUAUGUACACAUUUUUAAUUCAUAGUUUACAGUGACACCGCCUUAAGACGAACACCUUUGCCUCGAAAUAUAUGAUGGAAGUUGCAAUGUCAUUAUAAUCAAAUCAUUAAUUUGAUCGAAAUAUUCAAUUCAACAAAUCUUCUACAGGAUGCCACGUCAUUUGAACUUUGACCGCUAAAUAAAAAUGGAGAAUGGUUGGAUUUUCGGGCCAAUCAGAUGUCAACUUUCUAAAACAAUUUGACUUCAUUACAUUACCCUCCACGAUCCAUAAUUAGGCAGUUUCAGACAGGACAAGAAAAUCCACACAGAUCACAAUCCUGGCUCUCGAUAAUACACACACUUGGGUGUGUGUGAUAUGGCGCUCAGAAAAGACAGGUUGUAGACUGUAUACGUGAUCGUUAUUGUUCCACAUUCGUUUACGUUCGUUUUAGAGAUACAGAUAUUAGUUCGAGCCGGAAAGUCAGAAACCUCCUCCGUGAUUGUUUAAUUUGAUUGAAAGUUCAAUUGACGCGACCUAUGAAGAGGUAUCAAUGCGGUGUAAUUGAGUUUGAUUCUAAUGAGAUUGUGGUUGUAGUCAAAAAUAGUUUGUAAGGCUCUGGCCCAAAUAAAAUGAUUAAGGUCGUGUUGCAUUUAGUGAACACCUCACAUUUUAAGAAUCCCUAUUCCUAAACGACAUAGCAUGAUAUAUGUACAAGGCUGGGUCGUUUUCUCCUUUACUGUGACACAAAUAGGCAACCACGUAUAGGUAACCACAAACCUACAUGACAAUUGCAGAAGGUUUUACGGAUGGAAAUUAGCUAUAAAUAAAUGCUAACAUGUGGGCAGUUAGUCUUUCGACGGCAACUGAAAUUUCCUCCACAUGAAUAGCAAUCCAUACAUGAAGUUCAUUAGGGCGUGUGAUAGACCGGUUGUCCGUAUUUAGAUAUGGCUUCCGUUCGCCAGAUUGCUAGUGGACACGAUAAAAUGCAUCUUGGUGUCCCUUUGCAGAUACUCUUAUGCAUAUUCUAUCCUUAGUAUCCAUCAUCGGACACCAUUGCGGGUCAAAUCAAACUUGAAGUCCAAGAUCCUAGACACUUUCGUGAGAGCCGUUGACACGGUGUGUAUUGGAGACCUGGCUUGUCUUAGAGACCCAGCGUGUAAUAGAGGAAAUAUCGAUACGUUUUACAGUUCCUUUGGGUGAUCGAUCGGCAGCCAUUUUUUAUGAAUCGAUAUGUAGGCUAUCGAUGUAUUCAUGCGCACGUUUUUUGUGUGAAAAGGCUUAAUAUAUUAAAAGGGGUUUCCGUAGCAAAAAGGAAACCUCUUUUUAACCAAUCAGAUGGUAGAAUCAAUAAUCAUUGUUAAAACACCGGAUGUUCUUGAAUAGGCUGAUCAUGUACAGAUUGAAGGAUAAAAACUCUUAACAACACUGUAUACUGUAUAU